AUGGCAGCCAAAGGAGACAAGAUUGAAAAGAUCAUCACGCGGCUCCAGGCCCGCAUCGGCGAAGGCCAGUUCUACGAGGCCCAACAGCAGACCCGCGUCGUCGCCGCUCGCUACAUCAAGGCCGCGAACUGGUCCGCCGCCAUCGAUAUCCUCUACAAUGUUGCGCAGUCCCUGCUGAAGGCCGAACAAGGCGGCAGCGGCGGCGAUCUGGCCGUCAUGCUCGUUGACGUCUUCAAGCAGGCCGAGCUCAAGCCCGACGCCGCCAACAAGGGCAAGCUGCUCACCCUCCUGCGCCUGUUUGCGGCCCAGGAGCCCACGAGGAAGAAGUUUAUCGGGGAGAUCAUUGCAUGGUCGUCAAAGUUCGGCGAGUACCCCGCCGGCGACACCGACCUCCACCACGUCGCCGGAACACUCUACGCCGAAGAACACGACGCCUACGAGGCGGAACGACACCUGGUGCUAGGAACAAAGGACUCGGCCGAGGUGCUCGCAAAGAUGGAAUAUGUCUGGUACAAGGAGGACGACUCGCACACGGCGCCCCUCUACGCCGCCCGAGCCAUCUUCCCCUACCUCCUCGUCGGCAACGUCCGCGCCGCAAACACCUGCUACCGCCUCUUCGCCUCCUCCCUCAGCGACGACAACAAGGGCCUCGGCGUCCAGGACGUCAGCAGCAAUAGCGCCGACCUGCGCAUCUUCCCCGGCCUGCCCCUCCUCAACUUCCUCGGCCUGCUCCUGCUGGCGAUCCAGCGCGGCGCCCCGGACGCCUACAAGCAGCUCCUGGCAAAGUACUCGUCCAACAUUUCCGAGGUCAGCGCGUGGAGCGAGGCGCUCGAGAUCAUUGCCGAAAUGUACUUUGGCAUCUCGCGCCCGAGGCAGAGCAAUCCGCUCAUGGACAUGAUGGGCAGCCUGUUUGGUGGUGCCGGUGGUGGCGCCCCUCAACAGAGACGUCCCACGACGAGACGGGUGGAGGCACCCGCGGCUGAAGGCUUGGAUUAG